AUGUCCAGUAACAGACGCAAAGCAUUGAGGCAGAGUCCAAUCGCGUUGUCGUCGACUAAGUCCAUGCCGGCUGUCGAAAAACGACCACUAGAAUUGCUGGGAUAUCAGGAAGAUCCUAUACAAGUGAUCGUUACUAACAAUGGUCAUUCAGCACUCUUCACGUUCCAAUUCCCAUGUGAUGAAGCGAUUAUCGAACGGGGUGGACCAUUGCCGGGAGAGUUUCAAUUUGACAGCCUUCACUUCCACUGGGGAGCGAAUUCCAAGCGGGGAGCUGAACACGUUAUUAAAGGACGACGUUACGCUAUGGAGAUGCAUCUCGUCUUCUUCAAUCGACAAUAUGACUCGUUCAUGGAAGCUCGCACAGAGCAAAAUGGUCUUUCGGUACUUGGCAUCUUUUUUGAUAAAAGCUGUGUCGCACCGGACUACGGUUGGAUUGCCGCAUUGAGUAAAGUUCGUCCGGCGGGAGCCAGCUAUGCAUUGCCAGAUCCCUCCGUUUUCAACAUCAAAGAACUUAUCGGCCAGAAUCGAAGGCCCUAUUUUUACUACCAUGGAAGUCUGACCAGUCCUCCAUUUUUUGAAACGGUUUGCUGGAUUGUCCAGAAAACGCCUCUACCGAUAUCCGAAGCACAGUUGAAAAUGUUUCGAUCACUACGAAACAAUAGUGGCGAACCGCUGGUCGAUAACUAUCGAGAGCUGCAGGACUCCAACAGAAGACCGGUUUUCCGUUACAGAUAAAGGCAUCUUUCCCACAUCUCCCAUGAUUUUUGACAGCCGUUAAUGAAAUACGACUGC